AGAGGCUGGGGGGGUGGGAAGGGAGGCAGCAGGAUACUCCAGCGACUCCCUACAGUUUUUUAGCACGCUGCGCUCAGCGAGGACCGCAGAAUGACUGCUCCUGCCUCCCAUGUAAGGCUUUUCUGUGAGCUCUGCUUCUCUCUGCUUUUAUUUAUUUUUUCUCGUCGCUAGACGUCGGAAGACAUUCGGCUCCUCCCCCCAGCAACACCAGCCAGGCGGCUCCGUCUCAUGUGCUGGGAGGGGAAAGUGAAGCUUCAGAUUUUACUUCUUUGAUUUAAUUUUUUUCUCUCUGUCUUAACUAGGGGUCCAAGCACCACUGGUGCCGGAUCCCUAUGAUUUUUGUUCGUAUCUUUUUGAGUUUCCCGCCAAGACCAUGCCGGUGGUCGGGGUAGCUUCCAAACUCAGGCAGCCCACGGUCGGGUCCAAACCCGCUCAGACAGCGCUGCUCAUCCCCAGGCCGAGCCAGUCCACCGUGUCCCUGUCUGCGGAGCUGAAAGGGACUGACCUGUCUAUGCACUCUUAUCAAUUGUCACUGAAAUCUGCCUGCGAGCGCAGGGCGCCGAGGGAGACCCCGGGACGGACCACGGAACUGGACGACAGGAAGAUCUACACUGAUUGGGCCAAUCACUUCCUGGCCAAAUCCGGCUGCCCACGGCUUAUCAAGGACCUCACACAGGACAUCACCGACGGCGUCCUACUGGCGGAGAUCAUCCAGAUCAUAGCAAAUGAAAAGGUGGAAGACAUCAAUGGCUGUCCCAGGAGCCAAUCGCAAAUGAUCGAGAAUGUGGACGUCUGUCUCAGCUUUCUGGAAGCCCGGGGAGUCAACACGCAGGGCCUCUCCGCCGAAGAGAUCCGGAAUGGCAAUCUGAAGACCAUUCUGGGGCUUUUCUUCAGCCUGUCCCGCUACAAGCAGCAGCAGCAGCAACAGCAGCAGUACUAUCAGUCCCUCGUGGAACUCCAGCAGCAAGUUGCACAGCAGGCCACUGGGGCGGCGCCACUGAGUUACCACAAGUCACAAGAAAUGCAGUCGAGCAUCACUGCCAGAUAUGCAGCUCCCCCGGGUCACAGCGGAAUGCCCCCCCCUCAGAAGAAAGCCACACGGCUACCGGGGCCUCCCAGGGUGCCUGCCGCUGGCGGCGGGACCGGCAAGGCCCAUGGGGCGACCAACCUGAACCGGCGCAGUCAGAGCUUCACCAGCAUAGACAAGAACAAGCCUCUGCAGUACGCCAGCGGCAACGACCGAGAAUCGGUCUCAUCUAUCCCGCUGCCCGGCAUAAAUGGGAGCCUCCCACUGCCUGCCUGCACCAACGAGCAGCAGCUGGUCUCUGCCAUCCCGUCCCCCAGCACCAGCAAACCCUGGCGCAGCAAGUCCAUGAACAUGAAGCACAGUGCCACCUCUUCCAUGCUGGCAGUGAAGACGCCAAGCCCAGCCACCUCCCCCACGCCGCCACCAGCCCCCAGCCCCACCCCCAUGCUUGGCCUCGCCUCUGAUCGUCUCAGGCCCCCACUGGCCGAGGCGGGAAAGGCAGCUGCCGGGGGCCAAAGGUCUAUGCUUGAUAGGUUCAAGCUUGUCAACACGCGGCCAUCGCCACGACCUUCAGCGUUCCCCAGCCCUGGGUCGAUGGCCGAGAUGCCCCUGCAGGAGGAGGAGAUCAUCCUGGAAUAUGGAGAGGAGGGCCUGAUGGGACCGGGCUCCGCCUGCAGCAGCCUCAGGCAGCCUCUCAAGUCUGGCCUGGUGAAAAACUCCAGCAAGACCUCCGGCAGCAAGGCUCCGGUCCAGCCUAAAGACAAGGAGGACAAGGGUAGGCCCAAGAGCAGAGCCAGCACCCCCAGCCGGGAGGAGAAGGAGCAGCCUACUGAUACCCCCAAGAAGACCUCGAAGAUCGCCAGCCUCAUCCCCAAGGGGGGGAAGUCCUCAGCCGUCAAGAAGGAGGGCAUCCCUCCGCCAUCCAGCGGGAUUCCCAAGCCGGGCACCAAGGUCUCUCAAAGCGGCACCAAACCAGCAACCUGUCCAGCCAGUCUGCCCGUCGUUGGCCGUGAAGGCGAGACAGGCAAACCGGCCAAGGGGGGCCAGGCCUACCAUGCACCACGGCCGCUGGGGGGACUGGCAGGGCCGGGGGGACGCCGCACCAGCAUGGUGUCCUCAUCAUCAGCCUUAGGCCUGAACGGAGGGCCCGUGCCCGGAAACGGGGCAGUUCAGCUGCCACAGCAGCAGCAGCACAACCAUCCCAACACGGCCACCGUCGCCCCUUUCAUAUACAGGACCUGCUCUGAGAAUGACUGUGCCAGUGUGGCCCCCACUGACCCCUGCCUCAGCCCCUCCAAGGAGGACCUGGUAUACAGCAAGACGGCCAAACAGUGCCUGGAGGAGAUCUCUGGGGAAGACCCCGAGGCGAGGCGGAUGCGGACAGUGAAGAACAUCGCCGACUUGCGACAGAACCUGGAGGAGACCAUGUCCAGCCUACGUGGGACGCAGAUCAGCCACAGCACCCUGGAGACCACCUUCGAUGCCACAGUGACCACGGAAGUCAAUGGGCGUGGCCUCCCCGCCCUGACCAGCCGCUCCUCCCCCAUGUCCUGGCGCUUGAACCAAUCCCCGAGCCCCCGCCUGCAGGCUGGCGAUGCCCCCUCUCUGCCAACCAGCUACCCAUCUCCCCGCUCAGCCGGCGCCAACCGCUACGGUCCCACGGACCCCGGGCGAUUCAUGUACGCUGGGCCCCUGUGGCGGGGGCCGACGGGGAUGCGGGCCGCGGAGAUGGCGGAGAAGGCGGGGGUGGAGGGGGUGGCCGAGGGCGGUGCGGAGACAGACGUGGGGGGGUACAUGAGCGACGGGGACAUCCUGGCGAAGAACAGCAGGCCGGAGGAUGCCGGCAGCGGGUACCUGACGGACGGGGGCCUGAACCUCUACUCCCGGGGUGUGAGCCGCACGCCAGAUUCCACCAGCGUCCGUGACGCUGUGCAGAAGGGGCUCGCUGGCACGCAGGUGGACCCGGACAGUUGGGACGACAGUAGCUCAGUCAGCAGCGGACUCAGCGACACGCUGGACAACAUCAGCACGGAUGAUCCAAAUACUUCUUCCUACACUGACAUCACCGCCUCGCCCCGCAAGAGCAAGGAGCCCCAGGUGGGCAAACCCAAGCACAUGGCUGCAGAGGUCAACUGCAGUGGAGGUGGAGGGGGAGGUGGCUGGCCUGUGGGGGAGGAGCUGAAGGCAGCGGAGGAGGAGCUAUUGGCAGCCAUAGACCCCGCCUCCAAAUGGAAGCAUGAGGAUGUGGAGCGUGCAGGACAAAAGAUGGGACUGCCCUUGUCCCAGACGGGCUCCUGGAGGAGGGGCAUGACUGCGCAGGUGGGCAUCACGCCCCCCAGGACUAAAGGCACCACCGGGACCUUCAAAAGCAUCGGUAAGACUGAUGAUGCAAAAGCCUCAGAGAAGGGCAAGGCUGCACCCAAGAACGCCAGCAUCCAGCGCUCGCCCUCCGACGUGGGGAAGAGCAGUGGUGAUGAGGGGAAGAAGCCCCCCACGAGUCUUACCCGCCCCCCUACUGGUGGCUCCUUCGGGUUCAAAAAGGCCGGAUCCCCUGGGACGCUGGUCACUGCAAGCGGGGCUAUGGUCGCUGGGAGCUCGGCCACUCUGGGCAAGCUGCCCAAGUCCUCAGCCCUCGGGAAGGGCAACGGGACGGGUGGCGGUGUCCGCAAGACCAGCCUGGACGAGUCGCAGCCGCAGGACGACAGUGAGCUCCUGGGUGUCGGCGCAACCAGGGGGCCGUCCCAGUUCUGCUCUCUGCCCCGUCCGGCCAAGUCGUCCACCAGCACUGUUGUGGGUCGCCCUGGGCCGGGUGGCAAGUCAGCUGGCACGGGCAAACGGCGGGAGGGAGGGAAGGUGGGAUCUGGCCGCUCCAGUCCCGUCACCAUCAACCAGACAGACAAGGAGAAAGUGGCUGUGUCUGAUCCUGAGACCCCGUGCCUGUCGCCCAAGUCCAGCCCUACCUCCACAGGCCAAUCCGGCCUCCGUCAGCCAGGCUCCAAAUACCCCGACAUUGCUUCCCCCACCUUCCGCAGGUUGUUUGCCGCCAAGGCCAGCAGCAAAGCCAGCUCUCCAGGAACUCCUGACUCAGGGAAGUGCCCAUCCCUGUUGGGCAGCCCCCACGGCACGCUGGCACGGCAAGUCAGCUUGGACUCGCCAUCCUCGGGGACAGGCAGCAUGGGCAGCGCCGGUGGGCAGAGCGGCGGCAGCAGCCCCCUGUAUGGCAGGGGCCCCGAGCUUUUGGGCUCUGGCGAUGCCCUGGGCCUGAGCCAAUCACCGGCCUCCAGCCCCGCCUCGGGCCUCUCAUUGGUGCACGGCGGCCGCCCCUGGGCCUCCCUCAAUAGCUCCUCUGCUGGUAGCAAGGACACGCUCAGCUACCAGAGCAUGACAAGCCUUCCCACCAGCUCCGAGUCCAUCGACCUUGUCGGCCACCACGCUUCGGGGCCCAAGGUGAUGCGGGCCGGGAGCAUCAAGUCCACACUGUCUGAAGGCUUGCCUCUGGACCGGAACACACUGCCCAAGAAGGGCCUGAGGCACCCGCCCUCGUCCCGGCAGGCAUGCAACGAGGAGGGCAAGGAGUGGCUGCGGUCCCACUCCACGGGGGGGCUCCAGGACACGGGGAGUCAGUCUCCUCUCUCUCCACCGGGGGCGUCCUCCACCGUGAGCAAGUUCACCUACUCCAACCUCUUGAGUCCCACCAACCUGACCAAGUUCACCCUCCCUGGGCCAAGCAUGAGCCGCUCCAACAGCAUCCCAGCCCAGGACUCGGCCUUCGACCUGUGCAGGGAGGCCCACGCGCUGGGGGGCAGCGCCACCUCCCUGGAGGAGCGUCCACGAGCCAUGAGCCGCUCGGGCUCCUUCCGGGACAGCAUGGAGGAAGUCCACGGCUCUUCCCUGUCGCUGGUCUCCAGCACCUCGUCCCUGUACUCCGCGACAGAAGAAAAGGCUCACUCUGAGCAAAUCAGGAAGCUUCGUCGUGAACUGGACGCCUCACAGGAGAAGGUCGCCAAGCUGACCUCCCAACUCUCAUCCAACGCUCACCUGGUGGCCGCCUUCGAGAAGAGCCUUGGCAACAUGACCUGCCGUCUGCAGAGCCUGACCAUGACCGCCGAGCAAAAGGAGUCCGAGCUGGCUGAGCUCAGGGAGACCAUCGAGGCACUGAAGACCCAGAACUCAGAUGCACAGACGGCCAUCCAGGUGGCACUCAAUGGGCCCGACCACCCACACCAAGAUCUGCAGGUCCGCCGCCAGCGCUCCUCAGACAGCAUGUCCAGCAUCAACAGUGCCACCAGUGGCAAUAGCCACGCCAGUAUGGGCAGCGCCGCGGAGGCCGAGGCCAAGAAGAAGAAGAAGAAAAGCUGGCUACGCAGCUCCUUCAAGCAAGCCUUCAGCAAGAAGAAGUCGGCCAAGCCACCGUCGCCCCAGUCCGAUGUGGAGGACCAGGCGGACUCUCCCUUGACCUCCUCGCCGAAGUCGCACGACGUCUCCGAGGAGACCAGCAGCAGCCCGCUCAAGUCCUCCCCCUCCGCCCUCGAGCUGUGCGACUGCACGGAGGCGGAGGCCGAGAUCAUCAUGCAGCUGAAGAACGAGCUGCGGGAGAAGGAGCUCAAACUGACCGACAUCCGGCUGGAGGCGCUAAGCUCCGCCCACCACCUGGACCAGAUCCGCGAGGCCAUGAACCGCAUGCAGAACGAGAUUGAGCUCCUGAAGGCAGAGAACGACCGGCUGAAGUCUACAGGAAACAUCACCCCCUCGUCCACUCCUGCCAAAGCGGUGCGCCCCCCCUCUGAGACCUCCAGCACUUCUUCGUCCUCCUCACGCCAGUCGCUUGGGCUCUCAUUCAACAACCUCAAUGUCACAGACACCAUCAUGACUGACAUUCUCCUGGAUGACGGCUAUGAAGGCAACUUACGAAAAGAGGGCCGCAGCAUCAGAAUCAUGGUCACUAUCAACAACAGCUCCAGCCGGACCAAGGGUUUCAAGUGCCAGGAAUACCUCAUCGGAUCCAUCGGAGUUGGCGGGCAAACCAAGUGGGACAUGUUGGAUGGAGUUGUGCAUCGCUUGUUUAAGGAGUACAUCUUCCGCGUUGACCCCCUGACCAGCCUGGGCCUGACCUCGGACAGCAUCAUGUCCUACCGGCUGGGUGACGUAGUACGUGCCCGUGGCUCUGAGGUGCCCGAGAAGCUGCCCUGUGGUUGCCUGGUGGGCGACAGCAAUGCCAUCACCAUCAGCCUCAAAGGUGUGAAAGAGAACAGCAUCGACGGACUGGCUUUCGACACGCUGAUCCCUAAGACCGUCAUCCAGCGGUACCUGAACCUUCUGGUGGAGCACCGGCGCAUCAUCCUGUCCGGGCCCAGUGGAACCGGCAAGUCUUUCCUGGCCAGUAAGCUGGCAGAGUUCAUCGUCGCCAAGUCGGGCCGGGAGGUCACGGAGACCAACGUGGCCAGCUUCAACGUGGACCAUAAGUCAUGUGAGGAGCUGCGGCAGUACCUGUCGACGCUAGCAGAGCGGUGCAACUCGGAAGACAGCGACUUGGAGAUCCCUAUGGUGGUCGUCUUGGACAAUCUGCACCACAUCAGCUCCUUAGGUGACAUCUUCAAUGGCUUCCUCAACUGCAAGUACCACAGAUGCCCCUAUGUCAUCGGGACCAUGAACCAAGGCAUUUCCUCCUCACCCAAUCUGGAGCUCCACCACAAUUUCAGGUGGGUGCUCUGCACUAAUCACACGGAGCCAGUGAAAGGCUUCCUGGGCCGCUUCUUGCGGAGGAAGCUGAUCGAGACGGAAACCGCCAAGAGUGUGAGAAGCAAUGACCUCGUGAAGAUCGUCGACUGGCUCCCCAAGACCUGGCAGCAUCUCAACAGCUUCCUGGAGGCCCACAGCUCCUCUGACGUCACCAUCGGUCCCAGGCUUUUCCUGUCCUGCCCCAUGGAUGCCGACGGUGCCAGAGUUUGGUUCACUGACCUGUGGAAUUAUUCGCUGGUGCCGUACCUUUUAGAAGCCGUGAGAGAAGGGCUGCAGCUGUACGGCAAGCGGGCCGCGUGGGAGGAUCCUUCCAAGUGGGUGAUGGACACCUACCCUUGGAGCUCCGCCUCCCUGCAGCAUGAUUGGCAGGGCCUGCUCCAGCUGAGGCCUGAGGACGUGGGCUACGACUCCUUCAGCGCCAAAGAGGGCCCUCUCAAACAGACGUCUCAUGGCGAAUCCGAGGGCGACCCGCUGAUGAACAUGCUGAUGAGACUGCAGGAGGCUGCCAGCUACUCCAGUGGCCAGGGCUGCGACAGCGACGACUCCAGUCACCGCGACAAGCCGCUGGACUCCUCGCUGGAAUCCACACUGUAGAAGAAUCCCCAGUACCAGCCCGCAUUGGGGACAGCGUGUGGCAGCCAGGACCCUGGGACAGGGUCUGUCAGGAUCCGGCCAAUCACGGAGAGACGAGUUCUGAUUCGUCGUGAUGUGUCAUUGUGCACAAGGGAUGCAGAGCUGGUGCCUCAAGGGGGCCAGGGGUUGGUGCCCUCAGACAAGAGGCCCCCCUCAAACCAGAACCACCCCCCUGAAUCAAUGACUGUUACCACACCCACCCACCCACCCCGGUCAACAACUUUUAUCGUUGCCACCCCCAGUCCAGCAGUCAACACUGCUUCGGUCAAAUAUUUCCUGGUGCUGACACUGCUGAGUCGCGGCCUUUAGUUUGCGAGACCGAGUGUCACAACGUGGCCCACAGGCAGUGCUAAAUAAUCGCAUCCAAGUUAAACUGGAAUUUCAAUUUUGUUUUACGGUUUUAUUUUGCUCGCCUGAAUAGCAGAUGUGCCGGGCGACUUUCCGACGUUUACUGAGGUGCUAUGGAGGGACUCCUCUCCAGCCCAAACCCUGACCUCGGCAGAGCCCACGCCACACCGGCCGUAUGACUGGUGCCAAUUUCUAGUUUACAAAAUCGCCGCCCCCGCUUAGAGGUCUACAUAGCCCCCUUUGCCAAAAAUAAAGCACAAAACACCCGUGCGACAGCCAGACGAUGACUACUGUGAAAAACUGGACGCUGCGAGGGAAGUAUCCGUGGGCGUGCUGUUCGCCUCUCUCCUCGGGUUUCAGAUCCACUGUCGUCUUCUUCGAUUCGCCUGCGUCAGACUCACAUAGCUACUUAUCCUCCUUUCAUGUGAACAAAGUACUAUAGCAACCGAAUGCUGCUAGCCAGAAAAACUACGUAAUUUAAGAGCAAAUUUCCAAAAGUCAUUCCAUGCAUUUGUUUGUUGUUUUUCAGACGAGGCAGCAAAUGACCUAAAGUUAGGCUUCCUCAUAAUCUGUUACAGUUUUGGGAACCAAAACUCACACAAUCCUCAUGUAAUCCAACAAAGAACUUGCAUUACGUUUCCAAAACUCACUAAGUCCAUAGACAUUUUUUUAAAAUGUAUCUCGUGGGCUGCGUGAGUUUUGGGAAUUUGCUCUUCGCUUAAGACAAAAAAGAAACACAGUUAUUAUUAAAGGACUGCGGGGGGAACCUAUGAAGGCGGCGAAUUCGACCAUGGUGCUUUCUCUCUGCCUUAAACGGACUCGCAGGGUGUCCAACGUGUUAGAGGAAAGGCGAAUCGACAGACAGAUCGCCAGGUGACCGUAGUCAGGCCUCAGUGGCGGGAGGAGGCGUGUUCUCACCAGAUGCAAGCGACUGCGCCCCCCCAUGCAAUGCCCUCUAUUCCCGUGGAUGAACUGAAACUAGGUGCAGCUACUCCUGCUGUCGAGCUUUCCAUCACAGCCUUCUUCAAAGAGUACAUAUGGCUAGAAAAACACUUGGGAAAGACUGUGUGCCCAAAGAAAUGGUUUGAGUUUGUGUGUUUUUCCGCAGUAAAUCUGUCAUCGUUUGAAUAGGAACGGGCACAGCCCUUCAUGACCCAGCAACAGGUUUGAAGUGGCUGCGAUGCGAGAGAGGAGACUUUAUUAACACACGGCCGCCAGCAAGGACUGGUGAGUGCCGAUGAGCAGAGAGUAACUACUUAGAGCUACUUUGUCCUGUUUCUUUAAAUAAAAUAAAAAAAAAAAAAAUAAUAAAAAAAAACAGAGGGCUGGUUUUGCACAGUUUCUCGGGGUGGGAAGGACUGUAAAUAGAAAUUUCUGGAACCAGGAACUCAAAGAUGCUUUCCACCCUCCCGGUUAACCUUACGCUAAGCUGAGAAUCCUUAUCCCUGUGCUGGCAAGGGGAGACACAAUAACAGACUGACAGCAGGACGAGGAAGGACAUGUCGAAAAACAGUCCAGCAUGCUGCCCCCUACAGGUGUGGCUGCUCAUAGCGGUUGGUCAUUCUCUGCAGGAGCUACAUCACAUAUUAAAGCAUGUGUCACUUUGGUGACUUAAAAAGAGAAGUUGCUUAAAUCCUUAUUUGAAGGAAGAGAGCAUGAUAUAUCCGUCUUAUGCAGCAGUGUAUGAAUCAAAUAAAUUAUUCAAUGACUCGUAAAAGCACGCAGAAUAUAGCAUCUUCGGUAGAGAAAUAAAUAAGCAUACAAGGUACGAUUGCCCAAACGCAGUUCAAUGACACUGCAGACCCAGGAUAAUAAUGCACAGGCAGAGUUCUACACAACGUAGUUCUGCACAGAGAAAAAAAAUUAACAAAAAUAAAAACGAUCAUUUAAAGUAGAUUUCAGUUUCACCUUUUCCCUGCAGACUUCAUGGACAGAUAAAGCAUGUUUAACUUACUCAUCAUUUCCAGUAUAUCUGCAGAACUACGUCAUUUUUCAUGUACAAAACAAUACUUUCCUCUGACAUAAUACCCAGUAUACACAUGGACCCUAUUAGAUUACCAAUCUACAUUCCGUGCUGUGUUGAGGUACAGCAGGGGGCAGGAUGGGGUCAAUUCCUCUCGGUUUCAGUGGCCUACUGCAGUUGAUGGCGGAAAGUGGGAGCUUUACUCACCUAUCGGGUGAGAUCCGACUGCAGUUUACGACUCCAUAUGUAGUCACUGGUGCCAAACCUCAGGACAAUCCUGCUUUCUGCAGGCGACUCGUAAGCCUUGUGAGCUCCACACUGCCCCUGCCCAGAUUCAACAUACACAUAGACAGUGCCAGAUCCAGGAUCAGCGCAGGCCUCCCGCACAAAGUGUUCAGUGUCAGGCCGAGGCAGCUGAUGCUGGAUCAACCCUGGGGUUCCAAACUGCCAAUAACAAACCGAUAUUUGCCAGUCAGGCAUAACUAAUCAACCACAAAUGAACAAACAUUAUUUGAACAGAUGUACUGCAAGCUGUUCUAGCUCCACUGACAAAAGCAGCCUGCUGCUUGGUUAACAGAACCCAAGCCCACGCAGUCUGUGUAGGCCAUGGUGAGUACAUCACCCCAGUGACGUGUUCAACAUCCAUCUUAGCCAGUGCGUGGCAUCUACUGCUUGGGAAAUCGCUCUUUUCAAUUUUUUUUUUUUUUCUCCGAAGCAUUGUCUUUAAAUGUUUUAUAUUUUGUACAUUUGUAUGUAACAUAUAAUGUAAAUAGACAGAGCGAUUUAAAUCAUCAGAGGAAUUUUGUAGUCUUUGUAAAGCCCUAAUAAACGGUAUUCGGUGUUCCAAAAACACCCGAUGUGGUGACUUGUUUCAAAAA